UGGAAAUAAUUUGUCUGUUAUUGGAAUCUCAGUUCUAGCAAUCUGACGUUAACAUUAGCCGUGUUGCAAACUAUUCAUUACUAGCUUCUUUUUUUUUUUUCAUACACAGUUGUGUAGUAUCAGGACCCCUUUAUUGUACAGACUUAACGAUGUUUCUUCACGCAAGACCUGGUGUAUUUUAGCCACGAUGCUGUAAGGCAGCAAACGAUAAUAACAAGCUUGACAUCCCUGCUGACAUAUGGAUGAACUGCUAAUGUUAUAUAGCUAACGUAAGCUAACUACAGUUAUGGCUCCUGUAAAAAUCAAGGACAUCGUUUCGUUUACUUCUCAGGACCAGAAGAAUUGCGUGGAGAACCUGUGCGGGACCGGGGAGGGCGGGAGACCGUGGCUGUGCAGCCCGCAGGACCGAAGCGGCGUUCUGAAGGUGGAGCUGCAGAUGGAACGGGCCACGGCCAUCGGCUACAUCGACGUGGGUAACUGUGGAUCCGCCUUUAUACAAAUAGACGUAGGACGCUCAUCGUGGCCUCUGGAACGGCCCUACGUCACACUGUUGCCCACAGCAACCCUGAUGAGCCCGGCCGACUCUAAACAGCAAAAGGGGCGAACAGGGGUUCGAAUGUUCAAGAGAGGGGACUUCCUGCCCGCGGGUGUGGACGAGCUGUGGGACCGGGUUCGAGUCACCUGCAGCCAGCCCUUCAGCCGGCGCGCCCAGUUCGGCCUGUCCUUCCUACGCCUGCGUAGUCCCGAGGGGGAGGGCGGGGCCGCGGGGGAGCAGGGGGCCGAGGGGGGACAGCGGACGCCGGAACAGCAGACAUCGAGAGUGAGAGAGUGGCUGUCCAGCCCGGCGGUUCAGAGGACGUUCUUUGGACGGGGGGGAGAAGGAGGGUCCCCCGGGCGUGACCGCCUGGGCGGGGCAGCGGAGGGCAGCGGGCGGGACGGGGCGGGGCUUAGCCGCGCGGCUCGCAUGGUCAUCACUGCGGCCCAGUCUGGAAGGCGGAGCCUCCUCCCUAGCCCCGCCUCCCCUCCUAACCCCACCUCCCCCUCCAGCGUCCAGAAACGACCCACCGCAGUCCGUCCAGGACACCUGUACAGGUACACCUUACAGAACACAGGACACCUGUACAGGUACACCUUACAGAACACAGGACACCUGUACAGGUACACCUUACAGAACACAGGACACCUGUACAGGUACACCUUACAGAACACAGGACACCUGUACAGGUACACCUUACAGAACACAGGACACCUGUACAGAUACCCCUUACAGAACACAGGACACCUGUACAGGUACACCUUACAGAACACAGGACACCUGUACAGGUACACCUUACAGAACACAGGACACCUGUACAGAUACACCUUACAGAACACAGGACACCUGUACAGGUACACCUUACAGAACACAGGACACCUGUACAGAUACACCUUACAGAACACAGGACACCUGUACAGAUACACCUUACAGAACACAGGACACCUGUACAGGUACCCCUUAAAGAACACAGGACACCUGUACAGGUACACCUUACAGAACACAGGACACCUGUACAGGUACACCUUACAGAACACAGGACACCUGUACAGGUACACCUUACAGAACACAGGACACCUGUACAGGUACACCUUACAGAACACAGGACACCUGUACAGAUACCCCUUACAGAACACAGGACACCUGUACAGGUACACCUUACAGAACACAGGACACCUGUACAGGUACACCUUACAGAACACAGGACACCUGUACAGAUACACCUUACAGAACACAGGACACCUGUACAGGUACACCUUACAGAACACAGGACACCUGUACAGGUACACCUUACAGAACACAGGACACCUGUACAGGUACACCUUACAGAACACAGGACACCUGUACAGAUACACCUUACAGAACACAGGACACCUGUACAGGUACACCUUACAGAACACAGGACACCUGUACAGAUACACCUUACAGAACACAGGACACCUGUACAGAUACACCUUACAGAACACAGGACACCUGUACAGGUACCCCUUAAAGAACACAGGACACCUGUACAGGUACACCUUACAGAACACAGGACACCUGUACAGAUACCCCUUACAGAACACAGGACACCUGUACAGAUACACCUUACAGAACACAGGACACCUGUACAGGUACACCUUACAGAACACAGGACACCUGUACAGACCUCAGGCCCCCUGCUGGAAGAAGACCAGACCUGCAGCCUGUGAGCAGUCUCUCAGUAACAGCCCUCCCUGCUCUACAGCCCCCCCUGGGGCCUCGGAGGACCCUGAAACCUGCUGCCCCUUAUGUGGAGGCUACUUCAGUCCCGAAUAUUUGCCCCAACACGCCUCCUCCUGCCAGGGGGAGGAGCCAGACGUGGAGCUGAGCUUCACGCCCCCCUACAGCCCCGCCCACAGCAGCGGUGGCCCCGCCCACAGCCCCGCCCUCUACGCAGAGCAGGACCUGGUGCCCUGCCCUGUGUGCUCCUUCCGGUUCCCCUCCUCUCAGAUCCAUCUGCACGCCAGCAGCUGCGGAGACCCUCUGGAGCCCCAAUGGAGCUGGGGAAAAAUGGACAAAAAAAACCUGCCUAAAGAGGUACUAACACUUGCCAUUGUGGUGGUACCUAAUGGUGCUAACGGGCGGAGCCUCUCUCCCCAGCCGGAGCAAUGGCGCGAGAUCGUGAACAAGAAGAUGCGCUUCCCGGCGGAGCUGAUCGGGGCGAUCCAGGAGGGCAGCGCGGUGCUGGUGAGCGGCCUGCUGAAGACGGGCGACGGCAUCAUCCGCCAGCUGGACGACUCGGAGGACCGGCAGUGGAGGGAGGCGCUGAACCUGGCCAUCCGCCUGGGCGGCGAGGACACCAUGCUCGCUCUGCUCGCCGGCGUCAAGUUCGACUUCCGGCAGAUCCACGAGGCGCUGCUGGUGGCGGUGGACACCAACCAGCCGCGCGUGGUGAAGCGGCUGCUGGACCGGCUGGACCUGGAGAAGGGAAACAAGAUGGACGUGCGCUCCUUCUCCCAGGCCAUCUUCGACCAGUCCAUCGACGACUCGCAGUUCGCCCCCGGCGUGACGCCGCUGACGCUGGCCUGCCAGAAGGACCUGUACCAGAUCGUCACCAUGCUGACGCAGAAGGGCCACGUGAUCGCCCGCCCCCACCGCAUCUCCUGCACCUGCCUGGAGUGCCGCAACGGCCGGCAGUACGACCUGCUCAAGUUCUCGCUGUCGCGCAUCAACACCUACCGCGGCAUCGCCAGCCGCGCCUACCUGUCCAUCACCUCCGAGGACGCCAUGCUGUCCGCCUUCCGCCUCAGCCGGGAGCUGCGCAAGCUCUCCAAGAAGGAGCCCGAGUUCAAGCCGCAGUACCUGGGGCUGGAGGAGCUGUGCCAGGAGUUUGCGGUGGAGCUCCUGGGAAUGUGCCGGAACCAGAGCGAGGUCACCACCAUCCUCAACAACUGCGGGGAGGACGGAGAAGACAGCGAGGACGACCUGGACCAGCAGGCCUUCGAGGAGGGCAUCCCCAACCUGUCCCGCCUACGCCUGGCUGUAAACUACAACCAGAAACAGUUUGUGGCCCACCCCAUUUGCCAGCAGGUCCUGUCCUCCAUCUGGUGCGGACACCUGACGGGAUGGAGGGGCAGCCGGACGGCCUGGAAGCUGCUGGUGUCCUUGGGCAUCUUCCUCACCAUGCCCAUCCUCUGCCUGAUCUACUGGAUCGCACCCAAGUCCAAGCUCGGGAAGAUCCUGAAGAUCCCGGUGAUAAAGUUCCUCCUUCACUCCGCCUCCUACCUGUGGUUCCUCAUCACCCUAUUGGGCGAGUCCAUCACCAUGGAGAUGUACCGGACCGAUUUCGCCUCGCGGCAGCAGAACAUCCUGCACAGCUCCUUCCACAUGGUCUGGGUGGUGGGGUUUUUCUGGUUCGAGUGUAAGGAGGUUUGGAUCGAGGGCCUGCGGAGUUACUUCCUGGACUGGUGGAACUGCCUGGACAUGAUGGUGCUGAGCAUGUACCUGGCCUCGUUCGGCCUGCGGGUCCUCAUCAUGCUGAAGGGCUACGUCCUGUGCCAGGGGCCCGAGAACUCCGCCGACUGCAGCUACUUCACGCAGACCGUUCGGCAGGACUGGCGUCAGGAGGACCCUCAGCUGAUCGCGGAGGUGCUGUUCGCUGUGACCAGCAUGCUCAGCUUCACGCGGCUGGCCUACAUCCUCCCCGCACAGGAGUCCCUGGGGACCCUGCAGAUCUCCAUCGGCAAGAUGAUCGACGACAUGAUGAGGUUCAUGUUCAUCCUGAUGAUAAUCGGAACGGCCUUCCUGUGCGGAAUCAACAACAUCUACGUGCCUUACGUCAUUUCCCCUCACCUGGGACAGUUCAACGAGACGUUCCACUUCCUGUUCUGGACCAUGUUCGGCGUGGCGAACCAGGAGUACGUGGACAUGGCCGACUUCGUGCUGGCGGAGUUCGUGGGCCGGGUGCUGUACGGCAUCUUCACCCUCGUCAUCGUCAUCGUUCUCCUCAACAUGCUCAUCGCUAUGAUCACCAACUCCUUCCAGAAGAUCGAGAAUGACGCAGACGUGGAGUGGAAGUUCGCUCGCUCUAAGCUCUACCUGAGCUACUUUAGAGAGGGCCUCACCAUGCCUGUCCCCUUCAACAUCAUCCCCUCCCCCAAAGCCUUCUUCUACCUCAUCAGGGGCAUUUUCCGCAGACUCUGCUGCUGCUGCAGCUGUGACAACACCCAAGACUACCCCCCCAUCAACUCCCUCUCUAAUGGGGACAUUGGGGGUGCAGUGGAGAGCCGUCUCCCGUACAGGAUGCAGGUGAUCAAGGCGCUGGUGCAGCGCUACAUUGAGUCGGCCCGCCGGGAGUUUGAGGAGACCAAGCGUAAAGACGUGGGGAAUCGCAUCACGGAGCUGGGUAAGGUCGUGGGCCGCCUGCACUCGGAGAUGAAGCAGAUCCACCAGAACCUGGCCAGCCAAUCGGACCAGACCGCCCCGACGACCCAGGGAUCCUCCAUACUGGGGAGGUACAUCCGGGGGGCCAAGAACAACUUCCGCGAUUUCGACAGCCAGGCGGCGACAGAGAGCGGCCACCUACCCCUGCACGUCCCCUUCAGCCACGGAGAGGAGGAGAACGAGGGGGGAGGAGAGGAGAGGAGGAUGGAGGAAGGGAGAGCGGGCCUGGAGAGAAAGGAGGAGGCUUGGAAAGAGAGUGUGUGGAACGCAUUGAAGAGGAAAGAAAAGAGAGACGUGGGGAACGGAGGGAUGGAGCAGGAGAAGGUAGAGAAGGAUGAGAAAGGGACGGAUGGUGUGAAAGGAGAGGAGGAAGUCAAUGAUGGGGCGAAGGUGGAGGAGGAGGAGAAGACGGAUGGUGUAACCGGAGAGAAGACCGGGGUUAGAGUAGAGAGGACAGGUGGCACGAACGUGGAAGAGGAGACGACGGACGGCGUGAAGGUGGAGGAGGAGAAGAAUGACGGCGUGAAAGAAGAGGAGGAGAAGAACGAUGGUGUGAAAGAAGAGGAGGAGAAGAACGAUGGUGUGAAAGAAGAGGAGAAGAAGAACGAUGGUGUGAAGGUGGAGGAGAAGGAGACAGAGAAGUCCAAGGCGGGUGAGAAGGUUCCGGAAGAGGACGCUCUGUCUCCGACCGAUAGCGGCGGCUCUCGGGACACGGGCUUCGGGUCCCAGGAAGGGGAGGGCUCCGUCACCGGAGCGACCAAUCAGAGCCGCAAACUCAAAAAACUCUUUUAA